UUGAUAUCUAACUCUUCGUCAUCUCUUUUUUCGCUUAUUUUACCUCUUUAUAAAUUCUUUAAACUAUUCUCUGUUUCUCAAUCAGAUCAGGUGGCCUCUUCAGGCCCCCCGGAAUCCGGCUUCUCGAGAGGGCCUGUUUGCGAGGCAAAACUAUCUAGGUCUCCUUCAGCCCGUCUCGGUAGCCCCACACUCUCCAUUGCGCCUCCUUCUACAACUGCAAGCACUGGUAACACUUUCUCCCGGCUCCUCAUGCUUCCUCACACCAAUCUUCCGUCCAUUCCCCUGCCCUCCGGACUAGGAUUUGGUUCACAGGCCGUCUUAGCUCCUGGCUCAACUUCUGGUGGCCAGGCCUCAGGUCUAAUAGAAACGACUAGCUCUUUGCUUUCUGGCAUCCAGUUGACAGGUCCUCGGCUCCACAUGGUCGUCGGACAUUCAUCAAAUGCAAAUUGUUCCGGGGGCCGUCGACUCAGUGAAUUAAUACACAAUCAGAAUCACACAAACCAACAUCAGCAUCAGCAGUUUUCGCAUCCUGCACAAGUGUCUCAAUCUUCCUCCAUCAUUUCCUCUCAAAGAGCCACUUCGCCUUCCAUCACAGCUGCUGCUGGACAGCAGCCGACUACUGUGUUGGGGUCAACUGGACAAGCGGAUAGUCUCUGCAUAGCGCCUGCCCCUGGGAUCGCCAUCUACGGCCAAUUGGUUACAGCUGAUCAGCUUAGUCAGCUUGGUCAACAACAGAAGUCAGAGGACACAGGUCGGUUUUGGCAGAUUGAGCUGAGAAUAUACAUUAUUACUAUUGGCUCCUUCGUUACGCAUCCGUGUCUUGUUGUUUAUGCUAAUCAACUCGAUAAUCAGGGUCUGAAACUUUAA